AUGCAUCUUUUGAAUACAACUUCAUUAAAACUUGAAUACUUUGUGGGCCACGAAAUCCCCAAGCACGCCAUUCUGUCUCACAGAUGGGAAGCUGAGGAGAUCCUGUUCGAAGACGUCCAGACCGACCGGUGGCCUCAAAAGAAAGGCAUUGACAAGGUCAAGAGAGCUUGCCUACGAGCCAAGGACGAUGGUUUCGAGUACAUCUGGAUCGACACCUGCUGUAUAGAUAAAAGCAGCAGCGCCGAACUCUCCGAGGCUAUCAAUUCGAUGUUUAAAUGGUACCAUGGUUCCCAAGUAUGUUAUGCAUACUUGUGUGAUGUUUCUAUCGACGAGACGGAGACUUUUGCCAAGAGUGAAUGGUUCACUCGAGGAUGGACACUGCAAGAACUUAUCGCCCCCCAACAAGUCCAUUUCUUUGACAGUCAGUGGAAAAAGAUCGGGGACCGCCUGUCCUUGCUCGACUCUAUCGUCAAGGUAACAGGUAUUGAUCGACGAGUCCUUGGUCGAGGACAACACCACCGAUGUUGUGAGGGCUACGAAAACCGGCGCUACAAAGGGUUUUGUCGAUGCGUGAUGAACACCAGCUCCGGGGCAUUUCGUCAGCUACUUUCGUCAUUCAGCGUGGCCACACGCAUGUCAUGGGCAAGCAGACGAGUUACGAAACGUGUGGAGGACCAAGCGUAUGCCCUCCUAGGAUUGUUCAACGUGAAUAUGCCCCUUCUGUACGGCGAGGGAACGAAAGCAUUUCGGCGCCUUCAAGAAGAGAUUAUCCGGACUUCCAAUGACCAGUCUAUCCUCGCUAGCGACUUCUCGCUUUGUUUCUUCUUGGGUGCCACGAUCCGUGGGGGAGGAUUGGAUGUGAUGGACGACGCAUUUGGCCACUUGUUUCCAUCUCAGCCACGUGCAUUCAUGUCUGCCGCUGAUCUGGAACGGCCAAGUGCAUUCUCGAAAUACCUGUCCAUGACACUCACGAAUCACCGUCUAAACAUCGACUUGCAGAUGUGUCCUUGCUCGUGGCAAGACGAACGAAUACGUUGGCUGAAGACGGGGUGGCUAGGAAUCCUGGACUGUGUCUAUUCAGACGACUACCUGCCCCGGCCCGCGAUCCUCCUGGACAGGCUGAGCUCCGCAGAAGACGACCAAGACGUCUUCAUACGGAUAUUAAUGUAUCACAACGCUUCGGUUAGAAUAUCUCCGGUCGCGCUGCUAGACGCAAAUAAAGAUGUUGGAAUUUCCAAAAGGGGACUGAAGGUAUGGUUCAACCCAAGCCACAUCAAGAUGAUGAAUAUCGAUCUGUUGUUACAAGCUCCCACGCAAGCACAAGGAAUGCGGACGCCCGCCAUAAGGAUCAACCCAGUUAUUGGAGGUCACGAUGACAUGACAUAUCGGAUCCGGACAUCGUUUCCAGAGCUGGAAGAAACACCAAAAGGCCACAUCCGCGAUGUAACAUUCUCGAAUACCCAAGAAAUAGGCGCAAACAGGUCUGGGAUUCUCGCUAUCCAUGAUGGGUCGAGGCACGGAUUCUUCGUCGCAUACGGCUUUUUAGAGCACACAAUUACAAACCCGGAGGCACGGGAUUCUCCCGAGUUUGGUCCCUGGUGUCGACUGUUGAAGUGGCGUCGAGUCGUCCCUGAUGGAGAGUUUAUCCCGAAAGAUGACGAGUCCGCCAAUGCCCUUAAAGACAUUGUUCAGUUCAACAACUCCUCGCGUAACAAUCUCCCGGAAUCAGGCGAUGAUGUCCAUCCUCAUGACUCUAUGGACUGGCCCGGAAGACCUGGUCUACGAGCCCAGGUAGCGAUGACGCCGAACACGUUCCUGGGACAGACGGUGUACAAGCUGGAUAUUUCUGUUUGGAGAAUUGACGGAUCGUCAGAAACGCAAGGCUCAGGUCAUGGUGGGAGAGGUUCCCACAAGAGGUCAUCGCGGCGUCGAUAA